AUGGAUUCCUCACGCAUACGCUAUCCCUCUUCUCAACAAUCCCCACGAAGAACCAGACUCCUAUGUUCCUUCUUCAUCUGCCUCUCUCUAUUGAUCCUAACCAUAUUGAUACUGGUGAUUCUUGGGUUCACUGUUUUCAAACCCAAGAAGAUAACUACCACUGUAAACUCCAUUAAAUUAGCAGACGUCAAUUUAUCGACCGGCGGCGUAAAUGUGAGCAUUGAUGUCAGUCUUACUCUGAAUAACCCCAAUAAGGUUAGCUUCAAGCAUGGAAACAUCACAACAGAGUUAAAACACCGCGAUGUGUUCCUCGGUGAGGCCAUAGUACCAGCCGGAGAGAUAGUUUCCGGCAAGACACAGGAGAUUACUGUAACACUAACCAUAUUUGCCCAAAGCCUGGUUACCGAUACUUAUAUUCCAUCAGAUUUGCUUAAUGGGACAUUGCCUUUGAGCACAAUCACAACAGUUUCAGGGAGGGUCGUUGUUGUGAAGUUGUUCAAGCAUCACUUGGUUUCUAAAGUUUUAUGUGAUAUUUGGAUUGGGAUUAAGGAUCGGAAGGUCGAAAACUCAAAUUGUAAUUACAAGAAUAAGCUUUGA